AUGGGUAUCAAUAAGUUAUGGAAGAUGCUUGAGCCCGUUGCACAGAGAAAAUCACUAUUAGAAAUGUCCGUACAAGAAGGUGUUGUAAGCAGACGGCAUGGUACUGGAGUUUUAGUCAUUGGCAUUGAUGCAAGUCCAUGGUUCUACUCCACACAGGCAAUUUUUGCUGGGCAUUCUCAUGCUCAGGCAGGACAGAAUCCCGAACUACGCACUCUUUUCUUCCGUUUGGCAAUGCUUUCACGAUGCGCUAUAAGCGCUGUGUUUGUAUUUGAUGGCGCAAACCGUCCGAAAACCAAAAGGGGACGCCGUGUUCGAACGAUGCCUCAUUGGAUGACCAAAGCAUUCAAAGAGUUAAUUAACGGGUUUGGGUUUCACUACCAUACGGCUCCAGGGGAGGCGGAGGCCGAGCUUGCAUAUAUGAAUAGAAUUCACGCUGUUGAUGCUGUUCUUACAGUAGACAGUGAUGCAUUUCUUUUUGGUGCUCCACAAAUUUUGCGAAUGAAUGUAAAAGAUGCGAAGGAAAAGGACAUUGUUGAGGUCUAUACUGCAGGUGCUUUAGCUGCGCAGCCUAACCCUAAUGCAUUUUCGCCGGCUGCACUUCUUUUUUUGGCGGUAGUUUGUGGCGGUGACUAUGAUACAAUCGGACUCAAGGGUUGUGGACCAAUUACGGCUUCGGCACUUGCAUCGGGCCCGCUAGCUCAGCAGUUAUUUGAUGCUGCCCAUGAGUAUGACGAAAACAUGCUAAAAAUAUUUUUGAAAGAGUGGCACAUUUCUUUGUGCAAUGAACUUGAGCAUGAUUAUAGUGGGCGUAUUGGUAGGAAGCAUCCAAAGGUUGCAGCUAAUGUUUCCGAUGCAUUUCCGGACCCAAAAGUGCUCAAGCUGUAUAGUCAUCCUCUUACUUCGGAGUCACAACCGGGUAGUUUGGCACAUAGUAACCAAUGGUUUAUUCCGGAGGUACCUGAUAACUCAAAGCUGGCUGCUACUUGUGGCCGGUUAUUUGGUUGGGGCCCAACAAUUGCUUCUAGAUUUGUGAGCAAUAUAUGGGACGGAUAUUUCAUUCGUAAAUUUAUACAGCUAUCGUCAUUUUCUCCUGUCGAGCAUACUCAAAAUGACGUGUCAGCUUUAAAAUCUAACAUUCGCUUCAUGACACGUGCAAAAUCAUCCAAAACAUUUGUUAACAUUCGGUUGACAAUGUGGAUCAAUGCCCUCGCUGCUGAGGCAGCAACUUCCGUUGUUAGGCAUGCUGGCACACACCCUUCCUCGAUCGAGGGCCUUUCGACAACCAUUCAAAUGUUGAUAUGGAUUCCCGAGCCAAUUUUACAGGCAUUUUCGAGUCAAAAAGUUGCAAAAUUCUAUGCAGAGCAUCCACGAGUUUCAUUUGAUGGUCAGUUAGAGCUCUAUACGCCAGUUCUUGCUGCAUAA